AUGGAACAGCCAUUCAAUCUUGAGCAAUUCUACCAGGAUGUCCUGAAGGUGAACGGAAUUGACCGGUCCUUUGGUGUUCCCGAUUCAACACUGAGCCCUUUCUUGAGUUACUUGGCAGCAGCGAAAUGUACGCGCAAGCAUAUCACAGUGGCUAGCGAGGGCGCCGCUGUGGCGCUGGCCGCUGGUUACUAUCUGUCUACAAGCAAUCUAGCUCUCGUGUACAUGCAGAACUCUGGCUACUCGAAUGCACUAAAUCCUCUACAAUCUCUUGUUGCAAAAGAGGUUUUCGGCAUCCCUAUGCUUCUGAUGAUAGGGUGGCGAGGUAGGCCAGGUGAGAAGGAUGAACCGCAGCAUAACCUCAUUGGCCCCGGCAUCGUGAGAAACCUCGAAGCAAAUGAUAUUCCAUAUGAGGUAAUUCCAAAAGGCUUAGCACAGGCUAGAAUUGCUGUUGCUCGCCUCUUUGCCAGGGCGAAGAAAGACAAUACGCCCGUCGCGUUGAUUGUUCCCGCAAAUUAUUUUGCAGCAUACGAAGAUCCUUUAUGGGUUAGUUGGACGACUGCUCCACCGAAUGAGUCGAAGACUUAUCAGUGGCUGUCAUCAACCAAAAGACCUGCCCUGUCCAGAGAGAGUACGAUCGAGAGCGUACUUGGUGCACUAAAGCCCAGUGAUGUCUCCGUGUCAUCUCUUGGUGGUAAUAGUCGCGAGCUGUGGAUGCUGCGAAAGAACAAAGGCCAAAGUAUUGCAAGGAAUUUUUUUGGUAUUGGAGCACAUGGAGUGUCAAAUGGCUGCAGGAAGAAUCGAGUUAUUUGCAUAGAUGGCGAUGGAUCCUUCAUGAUGCACCUAGGUAACAAUGCUAUUCUUGCUCCGUUACCAGAUCAGAGGGUGAUUCACGUGGUGAUCUACAACGGAAAACAUAGCUCGACAGGAAAUCAGCCGUUAAUGAUAGGUCGAGGAGACUUUCUUGCACUGGUCGAAGGACUACCAUAUGAAAGGAAGUUUAUUGUAGAUACGACAGAAGGAGUGACAAGGGCACUUGGAUCUGUUGACAGAAGCGCUCUAAUUGUUGUCACUGUCAAUGGCGACGAGCGCAAGUCACUACCUCGCCCAACUGAAACACCAACAGAACAGAAAGAGGCCUUCAUGAAGUCUUUCGGCACGGGAAGCAAGCUGUUACAUAUGGACACGCAGCAGCGCCGAGGCGCAGUCUGUAUGAAGUAA